GGUGGAGCAGUGGAGGUGGCACGACACGCGCUUUUUGGCACGACACGCGCUUUUUUUCUUCAACGUCAAACAAAAGUUUUUUAUUCGAUUGUUUAUGAAAUUUGAGAGCCAUGGGGAGGAAAAUACCUGGUAAGAAACACAAGGGAGUGAAGGAUCCUGAAAAACAACGCGCACGAAGAUGGAAUGAAUUGAAGACAAAAGUAAACAAUCCACCGAAAAACGACGACCAAAUGAUUCCCAAGAGUCUGCAAAGAGUAAUAAAACUAAAAGACGACGUUAAGAGCGGUCGAAUUGGAAUUGCCAAGAGGAAAAGCCGUGGGAAAGUAAAAGAGAGAUUAAUUAAAGUAGGAGGUGGAGGUUUGAUGAACCAUCCGAAAGGGCGCCCUGAGAAAGCUGUCCCGGUGUUCAAUCAGUUGCCCAACGAGAAGCCCCACGUAUUUCUCAACAGAGUCAACAGGGAAACUCGGAAUUUCAUCAACGAAACCGUUUUCGAAAAAAAGUACAAUGUCCAGGUGAAGAGGAAUCCAGAGAGUGGGAUGAUUGAGGGAUUGGAGAAGAGGGCCAUGGAUGAGAUUGACGAAUUGAUGAAGCUGCAGAAUAAACACAAGAAUAUUGGGAAGAAGAAGAAGAAGAAGAAGAAGAUGACGACUGAGGUGAAGUUGUCGAAGGGACAGAAACGUGCGAGGAAGGCCCAGACGAAGAAGGCCUCGAAAUUGCAGGAGGAUAUCGAUGAAUUCAAGGAUUUCCGGGAAGAUAUCAAGUUCGGAGAUGUCGUUCAUGCUCCACCUACUCUCACUGUAAAGCCUGCGAGAAUUGACAAGCUAAAGAUAAUAUCUGGAAAACGUGAUUUACUGCUGAACUCUAUUCUCUACAAGUCCGAAACACCCAUCGACAGGACUGGAAAACGAAAAAACCUGCCAACAGCAGAGAGGAGAAUUCUUGAGAAGCAGCAGAGCGAAAUUGUGAAUGCUUAUAGAUUAAUAAAAACUAGGAAAUCAUUGAAUCACGAAAUGAACUGACAUGAGCAAUGAAAACUUCCUCUCAUUUAUUUACAACCAAAUGCAUUACACGAAUCACUCGGUACAAUUAGCUAAGCGCCGAGAGAACAUAUUUUUCUCUGAAUCUCCAGUCACUGGAGACUGCACCUGUGAAAUAAUUCCAUAUAGAAAUAAAAUCAAAGCUCCAACACAA